AAUAGUCGCUGAAGAAAUUUCCGAAAGUGUGUGUGGGAUGAGAAGAUGAUGAGGAAACAUUGGUAGAAGAAAUUGAAGAGAGAGAGAGAGAGAGAGAGAGAGAGAGAGAGGGUUGGAUUGGUUUUCUUCUUCCUUUUCUCUAAAGAGAAUCUAAUCUCAAUCCUCAUUACAGAUUUCUUCAUUCCUCUCUCAGUCUUUUCUGUUUUCCCCCUUUGACAUCCUCGUUUUCGCCGAAACAAAAACAACUAAGAUUUUUUGUUUGUUUUGUUUUUCUUCUCCUUGUUGUUAUUUGACUCGGUUGUCUGAAUAGGUUGUUGCAGCAGGGUCGGGAGCCACAGCUAUGCAGAGCCAAGUUGUGUGCAAUGGUUGUAGGAGCCUUCUGCUUUACCCAAGAGGGGCAACCAAUGUUUGUUGUGCAUUGUGCAACACAAUUACCUCUGUUCCUCCCCCUGGGAUGGAAAUGUCUCAACUUUAUUGUGGAGGGUGUAGGACAUUGCUAAUGUACACACGUGGAGCUACAAGUGUGAGAUGUUCCUGCUGUCACACUGUAAACCUUGUUCCACCAGGUACUAAAUCAUCUAAUCAAGUAGCUCAUGUCCAUUGUGGGAACUGCCGGACAACACUCAUGUAUCCUUAUGGAGCUCCAUCAGUCAAAUGUGCUCUUUGUCACUUUAUUACUAAUGUCAGUACGAACAAUGGAAGGCUUCCAAUCCCUGUCCAUAGACCCAAUGGGACAACCAAUGCUGGAACAUUACCUACUACUUCAACAUCAAUGCCCCAAUCUCAAAGUCAAACAGUAGUGGUAGAAAAUCCAAUGUCUGUUGAUUCAAGUGGGAAAUUGGUGAGCAAUGUUGUUGUUGGGGUUACAACAGAUAAGAAAUAACGCCGUCACAUAUAAAAGGUACAGUUCACGUCAUGACGCAUUACCACAGUUGCUGUCACAGGAAGAUAUUGUUUGUGUAUAUGAAUAUAUAUGAUAUUGCAGCCUGCAAUUGUUGAAUUGAAAUUGAUAUUUUUCCAAUAUAAGAGCUGGACGAAUAUCAUGUACGUAUGUAUGAAUGUAUAUGAGGUGGACAAGUCGUGAAAAGGGCUUAAAACCUGUUUUGUGUGAUUACCAAAGCCUACUUUGUUGUUUCCUUGGUAGCCAUACCCAAAUCAAUUAGUUCAUUCACAUUAUAUGUUUGACUUGUAAGUCCUAAACUAGUAAAUGGUAUUUCUUUCAUGUCUUGUGAAGCUUGUGCUUUUCUUGGUGAUCUGUUAGUUACAUAUGUUGUAAUAUUUGAUGAUCUUGUGCAAGCAUUGCUUGAUAAAAUGACUGAUAUCAUAGA